AGAUUGCUGAGGCACUUAUUGUGAACAACACGCUCGUUGAGAUUUACCUGUACAAAAAUGGCAUUGGCGACGUCGGAGCGCAGGCGAUGGCUGAGGCCCUCAAAGUGAACGAGACGCUGCAGAAGGUCCUUCUGAACGGCAAUAGGAUUGGAGAUGCCGGAACGCAGGCAGUUGCUGAGGCACUCAAAGUGAACAAGACGCUGGUAGAGCUCUACUUGAAUGACAAUCAGGUUUCCGACAUUGGAACUCAAGCACUUACUGAGGCACUUCCGGAAAACAAAACUUUGAACAGGCUCAAUUUGAGUGAAAACCAGAUCUCGGACUAUGAGGGAGCCGCUUUGCUUCGGAGAGCUCGUCCAUCCUGCAAAAUAAAUCUGCUAAACCAACGCAGACCCGACUUGGUUCGCAGCUUGGAAGUUCGAGUGGUGUUACUUGGUGAUCCUGGUGCCGGGAAGUCAUCGCUUGUUCACGGCAUUGAGCAGCAUGAGCGCAAUCCAGUGACGAGGUGGUUCGCUCGCAACAAGUCGUUCAAACCCACCUCCACCGACGGAAUUAACAUUUCCUCCGUCACUCUUCAAGAAAGAGACAAAGAGCGCAUGGUUCUGAAUCUUUGGGACUUCUCUGGUCAAGAAGUGUACCUCGCUUCGCACCAGUUCUUCCUUGGCGAGCGCACCGUGUACUUGAUUCUGUUCGACGUUUGCGAAACCAUAUCGCGCAAUUCGCGCCUGGCUUUCUGGCUACGCAGCUUGCACGCUCGAGUUCCGCACGCCGAUGUCAUUCUUGUCGGCACCCACAUUGAUGACAGUUUCUACAUGCCGCUACGACAACAGGAGCAGCGAGAAAAUCUUGAAGAACUUCUUCAGUUUUUCAAGGAAACCGACAUCUCUUUCAACCUUCACGCGACUGUUUACAUUAACGCGAGUGCAGCUGCAGGCGCCCCGACCAUGCCGGAGCUCAAAGCGGCAGUGCUCCAGGUCGGUCGAACCAUGCCAUUCUACAACUCGGAGAUCGACAGCCGCUACUUGCAGUUUCGAGAUCAGCUGCGCGAUCUAGCAAAACAGAUGGAGGCUGACAAGAAGCCGCCGCUCUUGCGAUGGAGUGAAGUCGUCGAUCUUGGCGAGAAGAAUUGUCGGCUUUCUCGUCUCGGAGUUGACUUGUGCGUGCAACUGUUGCGUGAUCAAGGCUGGGUCGUUUUUCAUCGCAUGACUCACGCCGCUGAUGCUACCUGGGCCAAAACUUUGGAGCGGACACGCGCCGAGAAUGAUGAACUCGUCAUUAUUGAUCCAGAGUGGUUUACCACAACCGUGUUGACUGGUGUGAUAACUCAGCGGCACAAGUGGGCGAAAAAGGGUAUUUUGCCUCGUGCUGCUCUUCUUGCACAUGUUUGGACGAACUUGGAUCCGGCUGUGUGUGAUCAGCUCCUCGUUCUACUUCAACGAUACGAACUCCUGUAUCCGCUCGCUGACGCUGACGCAGGAACAUCAGGUCCCCGCUACCUUGUACCAUCGUUUCUGCCUGUUGGACAGCCUGACCGCAGGGCAUGGUCCGCCAAUCCUCGCAAAGACGAGCCACAUGAGGCCACCCUCGUGAUGCGAACGGCCUUCCUGUACACUGGCUUUUUCUCGCGAGUCAUUGCCCGGCUGAAUCACCUUGAGCUCAACAUGACUGCAUGGCGCGAUUGCGUGCUUGUGAGCAGAAACCAUCAUCGAGCGCUCGUUCAGAUCCAUCGUCGCACAGAAGAGGAUGUGAUUGAUCUGGUUAUUGUCGUGCGCGGUGCUUCUCCAGGCAAUUUGCUCGAUGUGCUCUUUGGCGUUGUCGAAGAUUUGACCACGUACUGGUACACGGGUAUGACUUGGCAAACCUACCUGCGCUGCACGGAAUGUGCUCGCGAUGUCCAAGACGCCUGCCUGUUUGAACUUGAGCCUACAGUGCUUGCCGCCGUCCUUCCAAACAAGGAACUGAGUUGUGAUCAUUCGCAACGAACGCUGGAUCGUGGCCAGUGGCUCGCCUUCAUUCAGCCACUUCUGCUGCGCACCUUGUCAAGCAUCGCGGAGCCAACUGCGCUGCAGCGACAGGUACUCUCUGCAUUUGGCGUCUCUCCAUGUCCCGCAGUUGGGCCAAUUCCGGUCGCGCCAAUUGCACAGCCUGAUUCAUCGUCCUCCGCCAUCCCAGUUCCAGCAAUCGCUACCACUAUUCUUCGCGUUGGUAUGGAAGCGCUUUCGCAAGCCACUAGCAACUUUGCGAACCGCAUCGGGGGCGGCGGCUUUGGCAACGUUUACUCUGGUACUUGGAGUGGUGCAAAAGUUGCUGUCAAGCGUUUGGCGGCCGAUUCAACGCAAGGCAUCAAGCAAUUCGAGGCUGAGCUCGAAUCCCUCUCGCGCUUUCGUCACCCGAAUAUUGUCACCAUCAUGUGCUAUGCUCACGAUGGCAACGACUGCUGCUUGGUGUACGAGCUAAUGGCAAACGGUUCAGUGCGCGAUCGUCUGGACCGCAAGGAUGGCUCGCCUUCUCUGAGUUGGCCACAACGCCAGAGAAUCGCAACCGAGAUUGCGAGUGCCAUGUACUUUGUGCAGAAUGCUAUUCCAUGUCAGCCGCUAUUCCAUUUGGAUCUCAAGACGCACAAUGUACUUCUGGACGCAUACUACAUUUCCAAGGUCGCCGACUUUGGUCUGAUGCGCUUUCCGCCAGCUCAGAUGGCCCCAGACGGCGACAUCAAGACGACGACGAUUCAAGGAACUCGCGAGUACCUGUGCCCACAUUACCUGCAGACAGGCAAAGUUUCCAUCAAAACGGACGUUCACUCGUACGGCAUGAUCUUGCUGGAGCUGCUGACCGCGAGGAAGCCUGGUACUGAGCUUGCCGAAGCAGUGACACAUGCGCUAAAACAGCACGGUCGGCUUGAUUCCGAGUUGGAUGUGUCGAUCAUGUGGGAUACUGAGCCGGACAAACUCGCUGCCACUGCAGUCGCUGAGCUUGCUAUUACUUGCCUCGACCCCGAUCGAGUCCGCCGACCAACCUUUGGCCAGAUUCUGACAAAGAUGGGUCUAUUUGUCGAGAAUCAGGGCCGCGCGCAUGCUCGUGCUGCCAUACCUCGAAAUCCCAGGUUGGAGCAUCAUUACAGCAGCAUCAAAGAGCAAAUGCAACCCCAUCUGAACUCGAGUCUCAUGAACUCUCGAAUGACGUCGAACCAGCCGCAGGUUCCGCAAAAUGAUCCAGCAGUUUCACGACUGACUCAUCAGCAUAGCUCCAUCAAGGAACAACUAUCUCCAUUUGCAAGCACGAUUGUCGUGAGCGCCGCUAGCAUGCAGUCGCCGCUCGGCUCCUGCGACGGAUCGGAAGCGAGCCCGGAAUGCUUGGUUUGUUUCAGCGCCCCAGCGACAGCCAAGCUGAUGCCUUGCUCUCACACUUGUGUAUGCGUUCCGUGCGCUAAUAUGAUGCUUGAGCGUAAAGACAAGUGCAAGCUGUGUCCCGCCAUGAUGGAGUCGUAUUUGCAGGGUUCUUCCAACUAGAUGGUUGUUCCGUUAAGUUGCUGGUGUGUGUGUGUGUGUGUGUGUGUGUGUGUGUGUGUGUGUGUGUGUGUG